AAAAAUCUGCUCACUCAGACUCAGAGGCCAUGGCCAAGAACAAAGCCGUCCUGUUCAGCUUCUGGGGAGUUGCUGUUUCAUCUCGACGUGAUGUGGUUUUCAACAAGUUGGAGGAGUUGCACAACUUGCCGGGUGGUUUUCUGUCCAGUGUGGCGUCACAGAAGGACGGCGCCCUGAGCCGGGCGGAGAGAGGCGAGGUCACGCUUACCCAGAUGAUCCCAGUGUUUGAGGAGGAGUGUGUGAAGGAGGCUCAGGCCAGAGGUGUCACUCUGCCGUCUGAUUGGUCAGUCAGAGGCCUGCUGGAGAAGCUCAGAGAGGCGAUGAUGGACGUCCAGCCUGCUGUGCUGAAGACAGCUGCCCGCCUGCAUCGCAGCGGGAUACUCACAGCUGUCCUGGCCAAUCACUGGCUGGAUGACAGUGCAGCUGCAGACAGCCCAGCCUGCCUUCUCUCUCAGCUGGGAGGCCAUUUUGACCUGGUCCUGCAGUCCUGCCGCUCAGGUCACAGG